AUGGCAUCCUCCUCUUCAGUCAUUAUCCUUGCCGCUCUCCUUGCGUUGGUCUUAUGGCAGGCCAUUGCCUCUGAUCCUAGCCCACUCCAGGACUUUUGUGUCGCCGACAUGCAUUCACCAAUGCGUGUCAAUGGGUUUGUUUGCAAGAACCUGAUGGAAGUCAAUGGGGAUGACUUUUUCAAGGCAGCCGCUCUGGACAAGCCUAGGGUCACCAACAAGGUUGGAUCCAACGUGACUUUGAUCAAUGUCAUGCAGAUUGCUGGACUCAACACCCUCGGCAUCUCAAUUGCGCGCAUCGACUAUGCUCCCUUGGGUCAGAACCCACCACAUACGCACCCUCGCGCCACUGAGAUCCUCACAGUGCUCGAGGGGACACUGUACGUUGGCUGUGUCACAUCCAACCAGCCCGCCCCCAACAGAAACAAGUUCCUCUCUAAGGUGCUCAACAAAGGUGAUGUGUUUGUCUUCCCCGUGGGGCUCAUCCACUUCCAAUUCAACCCCAACCCCUACAAGCCAGCUGUUGCAAUUGCCGCGCUCAGCAGCCAGAACCCAAGGGCUAUCACAAUUGCCAAUGCAGUGUUUGGGUCCAAGCCACCAAUAUCAGAUGAUGUUCUUGCCAAGGCAUUUCAGGUGGAAAAGAAUACAAUAGACUAUCUCCAGGCUCAAUUCUGGGAGAACAAUCAGUACUAA